UGCUCUUUUGCAGUGAUGCACACCGAAUGUGGUUGGGAUGGCAGCAAUUAUAGUGUCGCGGUAAAUCGAAAUCUCAGGAGAGUCGGAGCCCACAAUCGACAAGGGAGUUCUAAGGGAGGGGGAAAUGAUGUCAUAUUGUGGAGACAUGAGCAGCAAUCGAAGCAAUAAACAAAUCAAUAGAAGGUGGUGGACGUUGAAUGAGUUGAAGUAAUUUCGUUAACUUUUGCCAUCUUGUUAUACGGUGCAACUAGUGCUGUGGGAAUAUGGAAGUGACACAAGCGUUCACAGUGUCACGUCACAUCGUACUUGCACACUAAAUAUCCAUGCUGUUUUAAGUAUAUCCUUCUUGAAAAGUGGCAUUGACGCAACUUUAUUAAACAAAAGUUAUGGUGCUUUAGGAAAAGUUAACUGAAAAAAUACCAGAAGAAUGCCGACUCAUAAAAUGAAAAGCCUUUAUCAAAUCUGCCUAGAUAACAUUGUGUUCAAUGUAGAUCGAUGGCUUAGUAUUAAACAGGAACAGGAGGCUAACGGCAUAUUUUUUGCAAUCAGUCCAUUUGACAUUCUACCUGCCAGUAUUGAGCAGGACUUGUUGGAAACAUAUGAAAAUACUGAUGUGCCACCUGAGCGCAAUAGUUAUUGGCUCGAUCAAGAUAGAUGGCGACUUUUUGUAACAAGGCAGAUUAAUCGUUUAUCUAUUACAGAAUGCACUGAUGAGCUAAGUUUGGUUCAUAUUGCUGCCACAUGCCGAAAUCUCAAAUACCUUGAGAUAAGGAAUGUACAAGAAGUUUUGCCAUAUCUCAAAGCUGUAGCACCUUGUUUGUCAACCAUAGUAACAUUAAAUUUUGAAGCCAUGGCUCAUGUGAAUAGCAGCUCUCUUAAAUACAUUCGAAAUCAUUGUCCAAAUCUACGGGUACUAGGUUUGAAAUCAUGCUCAUUAAAUGAUAAAGCAGUGUCACAUCUGAAACACCUUAAUAUGCUAACUGAUUUAGACCUACGUGAUACAGAAGUUACGGCUUCAGGUGUUUGUCAGGUGUUAAAGCACAACCCACAACUAUGCAACUUACAACAUCCUGAUGUUGUUCGUGCUUUAUUUAAAAUGCAUGCCACAAAAUCCUGGUUGCUUAGAGUUUCUCCAGUGACGUCGUAUCAGUUGAGAGAUGUAGAAUUUGAGUUGUCAUGCAAGGAUAGUCCUAAUUUACUUUCAGUAGUUGCAAAUGUAUGCCCUGCUAUUGAAAGAGUUAGAGUUGAAUUUGAUGCUCGAUCAUCUCCACAUGUUUUAACAGCCCUCACUCGUCUUGAAAAAUUAACAGAGUUGGAUAUUCAGUGUGUAGCAGAUAGUGGUAAAAAACCAUGGGAAGAUUGCCCUCAUUCCCGUACUUCAAUAGAUACAGACUCGUUAUUCCAAGGUAGUAUUGUACCCAUAUUGGAAAUUCGAGGAAAACAACUGCUCACAUUAUCAUUAGAAGGAGUUUCUCAUGUUAACAUGGAGAUAAUCGAAAAUACUUGUCCAAAUAUUGUUAAUUUAGGCCUUUAUUACAACUCGUACAUUCAAGAAUCGUUUCAUGUUCCAGAGAAUAUUUUGGCUCAAAAACCAUUUUCAUUAUUACGUCGUCUAAUGUUUGGUUCAAACUCUGGUAACAACAAUGAUUUUCCUCCGUCGUAUCUUGAAUGGCUUCUUGCAAAUCAGGAUUUGGAAGAGUUAUCACUUUCAGGUUCGCCUCUCUUUACCAAUGAGCUCUUCAAAUGUGCCUUUGAAAAUUCAAAUGCAUAUCCUAAGUUACGUCGUCUAGAGCUUGAUUAUUGCAACAUUAGUUCAGAGGUCAUUACAGAGUUCUUGUACCAUUGUGGCAGGAAGUCACUCAAAGAAUUAAGCAUUUGUGGACCCUUUGUUCAUGAACAAGCUUCCCCUGCUCUCUGUUACAUUGUGUGUGAAAAAUUAGAUGUUCAACUUGAAGCGUACUUUUACUCUUUCAUGAAAUUAAAGAAACGUGUAGUACGUUAUAAACAAGAUCUUAAUUUCUUGUGGUAAGCUCAUGCUAAAGCAGAAUUUCAUUUACGAAUGCAUUCAGGGUGUAGUUAUGUUUAAUUUUAUUGAAUAUAAUUUCAAAUAAUAAUUUUUUAUAUAUUUUUAUAGAUUUAAUUUGUUAGUAAAAUGUGCUGUAUUUUAGUAAGUUAUGAAUUUGUGUCUUAGUUUUCGGGAAAUCGUAUUAUGAUCUUAUACUUAAUGUAAUUUAAUAAUUUAUAAGCUGUUGAGUUUGCACAGUUAUAAUUUAAGGAAAGGAUCUGAAAUUUUUAAAGUAUAUAUUUUGUGCUUCAGAUUUUUUUUUUUUUUUUUUUUUUUUUUUUNNNNAUUAACCAAGCUUUGAUAAAUUAGUUUAUUCAUGUUAUUUUUCUAUAUUCUUGUGCGACUAAAAUCCCAAUGCUUGUAUUGUGACCCAGAUUUCAAGCAAUUGUUUAAUUGAUUAAUGUGUUGAUGUCAGCAAGAAAUAAGUGUUGAAAUGUAGUUCAUUGAAAGACCUUGUUUGUGCGUAGAAUCAGAAAGUUGUACUUAUCUGCUGUUUAGUGGUAGUCCAACUGUUGCAUAGUCUGUGUUGUGCUAUUAAUAAAUGGUUACAUUUUGCUGUUGAGAAAAUAAUUUCUCAAAUAAUGUUAAAUGUUUUAUGAAGGCAGACUUUGUGAAGUUGUAAUCAUUUUACAGAGGGCGCUUUAAAUUAUAAAAGUUAUUUUCGUAUUAAUCUUGAACACAAUUUAUUUCUGUGUCUCAAGAAAGAAGUUUAUUAUAAAUUAUAAUUAUUCCGUGUAAAACAAAUUAUGCCAUCUUGAAAUGCACAAACACAGUAUAGGUAAGUAAUUUCCGGCGAUCUCAAUUUUCCAAAAUUUGACAACAUAAAAAUGUAUAAGGAAAAUGGUGCAAGAAUACCAAGAGUAAGCAAUUUGCUCUUUUGAAUAAAUGAAUGGCAAAAACAUACAGAAGAUUAUGGUAAAGAAAUUGGGAAGUUACAGAAAAUAUAUUCUAUAGGCCUAUUGGAAUGCAGAUAGGGGUAAUAAUGAUUGGUAAAAGCUAAAUUGGUAAUGCUGGUAAAAGCUGUAAUUCAAAGACAGUGAAUGCAGGCAUUAAAGGUAAGAAAGGAGAAACUGAUAAAAUGGCCUUUUUCAAAACAAAAAAAAACAAACAAAAAAAACCACCACGUGUGAAGUAUUGUUGACUGAGAAACUGGUGGUCAUGUAAAUAUGGUGGUAUGAAACCAGGAUUUAAUAAUGUUGUGGUUUGGAAGUUGACUUUGUCUUAAGAGGUCUAAUUAAUACUGUGCACAUAAUUGAUGAGUUUUGCUGUAAAUAAUGGUAUUGGACUUUUUGGACAAACUGAUAUUUAUCUUUAUGAUGUUCACAGCACUAAUAGCGAGUACAUCGACAAUGUCUAAUUCCAUCAUUUACACCAUAUCCCUCAAUUAACUUUCUGAGGAUUGGUGUUUGUCUAUUGCCAAAAUGGAAAUGGUUUAUGAGCUUAAAAUACACGGUUUCAUAAAUCUUAGAAAUAUUGAUGAUUGUAUUUUGUUAUAUAAUUGUUAAUGAAUAGUGGCAAAAAUUAUUUUAAGAAUGUAAUGUUAGUUCUGUGGUAAAUUUCGUGUAGAUUUUAUGCACAGUCCUCUUUAAAACAUAUCAAUUUUUAGUGUUCUGGAAAUGCUUUGAGCUUAUAACUGCUGUAAGUAUAUACAGCAGUUUGUACUGUAGUAGGCUUUAUGUUGUGAUAUGCUAGUCACCAAUGGUAUUAUCAAUAAGUACCUGCUUUAAUUCACCCUUGGGCGUUUUAAUACUUCCAGUGUUUUAUACAUGUUAUGACCAAUGGGUUUUCUACAUAUCAAAAAUACUUUAUAGAAUAAAGUGGAUUAUAUUUAUAUCAUUAUGUUUUGUUUAUAUUCUAGAGGAAUUAAUUUUAUUUUACUCCCUGGAUAAAAAUGUAAUGGCUUCUUUCUGUAGAAUAUUGCUUUACUGUGCCAAUAUAAAUUUCGUUCAGAAAUGAAAUUACAGCUGACAUACAGUAGUUUGAAUGAAUGUGUUUUACUGGUUAGGAGAAUGCAUUUAAAUUAGUCAAUUUUUGUUGCUGAAUUUCUUGCAAGGAAGUUACCAACAGGUCAGGGACAUGUAUUUAUUACUACAGAAACAUAAUUAAUAAGAAUGGUUAAUUUGCUUGUUUGGUGUCUACAUUAAGUAGCAUUUAUGUUUUGAAAUUAUACUCUAGUCACAUUCUUCCAUAUUAUUUUCAACAUUUUAUUUACUCCUUUUUAGGGGAAAAUGAAAGACAUUCUGUUAUAUAGACAGUGUCUUCUAGUUCUUGAUCUCAAAACAAUUUCUUUUGAUCUGAUAUACUAAUGUAGGACUGUUGGGUUUGUUGAAACUGGCCCUGAAAUUGCUCUUUACUUUCGUUGUUUGCAACUAAAAGAAAAGAUAAUUAAAAUUUGUUUUCCAAGAUUUCAUGAAAUGCUGCUAUUUAGAAAAUGGUUUCCCAUAAUAUUUUUGUUUGAGUUCUGCUGCAGCAAUUACACAGCUACAGUAGUUUUAUUGUUAAUCUUGUAGGGAUGUUUGACUAAGCCACGCUUCCCAUAAAAAAAAAUUUCAGGAAAUAAUCUCUCUUUGUGUUUUUAUAUCCAUAAGAGUGAAAGAAAUAGAAAAUGAUUUAUUUGUCUAUUGCACAAGUUGCCCUUUAGGCAGAUUUCUCAAUAAACAAUAAAUGAGUAUGAGUGUUUGUUUUUACAUGCAAGACUUUAAGAUAGUAUUUAAAAAAAAGAACACUAUUUAGCUAGUGUAACUGAUAAAUUGUGAACUUCAUAUUUUAGCUUAAGGAUCUUCCUGACAUUUUUAUAGUUUUUGUAAAAAUUGCUAACAAAUAAUGCAAAGAGAGACAAAUACACUAUCGUGCAUAGAUUUCUAGGGUAUUUGGAUACAAUUUCCUGGCAAAGCUUUGUGUGAAGAAACACAUUUAUUUUUGGCAAAAAUUAUGAGAAUUUUGUAUCUACUUUUUCUACAAGAAAAUCCGUUUAGAAGAAACUGCUGUCAAAAAUGAUAUUCACUUCAAAACUGCAAUCCUUGUAAGGGUAUUGCAGUGAAUUGUUGCCUUAAAUUCGGAAGGGUUGCAAGAAACCUUAUUGGAGGGCAGCUCAGGCAAGGAAUUCAAAGGGACCAUGAAAAGUGCUAAGUUCAGUUUGUUAUUUAUAUGAAAUACAGAGGGUAUAUUAAUUCAUUUACUCAUCUCAUUUCAUUAUUUGAUAUGGUAGCAUUCUACUUAAUUACCAUUUCUACUUUAAUCACAUGAGUUUGUGUAAAAUACUUUUAAAAUUUCUUGAGAAGAUGGUGUGAAGAAAGUCAGCUAAUGUGUAAAUGCAUUAAUGUCCACAUCUGUUUCAAAAAGUGUAUUUUCGUUGUAUCUUAUUGAAAGUUUUAAUCUCUAAUCUGUGUAAAGUAAUUAUUCUGAAUCUCGUCGUAGUUGAACAAUAAAAUUUCGUAGACUGUCUGGAAUAGAAACUCGAAAUACACUACCUUUAUACUCUGGGAGUGUCAGACAAAUUGAAAUUGUGUAUUUAUGUUGUGAUGUAGAUAUUCUUUUGUGUAGAUUCAAAAUCUAUGUGAAAUAGAGUGCCAAAAUUGUACUUUUUGUCUUCAGAAUAAUUCAUUGCUCAAAAUCAAUUACUGCAAAGAACAUAAUCAGAAUAAAUAUGUGAAAUGUUAAAAAAAGAAUAAGUGUAUCAGUGUAAAAAUGAUGUUAUAUGGUCACUUCGGUGUACAUUCUUUGUGUUACUUAGUAGUUUCACUGGCAUGUUCUCCACCGACUUAAAAAUGUUGAUAAAAUAUUUUAUUUAUAACCUGUUUUAUAUCUUACAAAAUUAAUUUUAUAUAUAACCAUAAUGUCACUGGAAAUUCUAAGUUGCUCAGGUUCUUAAGGUUUUUUGAAGAGUGACUUGUUAUAUUGUUAUUGUUUUUUGAAGAUAUGACCUUAUAUUGUAUGUAACUUGUUUCUUUCAGUUAAAUUUGCUCAAUUUUUUUUUCCUUUGUUAUUUUACAUUACUUGUAACAAGUGCUGUUCCAAGGACUUCACAAGUUUAUUAAUAAUGGAAAUUGUGGGAAUUAUUUCUUUCAUAUUGUUGUACAAUGUGAAACAAUGUGAUUCACUAGUUGUUUCUAUUAAAGAGCAAGUCCAAGCAUGACUUAUAAACCAAAGAUUUCUUAAUAAAAUAUAAAUGACAAUUUUGUUGGAACAUACUGAAAUGCACCUCAAGGAUUAUUUUUAUGUAAGCUGUAAAUUUAUAUUCCAACACCUAAGUUUGUUUUUGAGAUUAUAUGUACAAUAUUGAAGUCAAUUUGAAUUAUGAAAACAAUUUGUGAAUUUUACCAGAAUUACAGCAGUUCAGUAAAGAAGCAAAUUUCUACAUCACUUGCCUCACGUAUGAAAAUAAUAUUGUGUACCUUUAAUUAAACAUUCCUAUAAGUUGUGAUGAUUUUUGUUAUUUACAUGUUUAAUGAUGAAAGAUUGUGUAUUGUGUUAAACCAAGGAUACAUUUCUAUGGAACUCUUGCCUGUGCUAUCUGUAUAAUAAAUCAUAAAACAGCAUUUAUCUUUUCCAAA